AUGAGCCUGGGGAAGCUGCCUGAGCUCAGCUGGGUGUCGGGCUCCCACGGCAAGCGGCGGCUGAAGUCGGAGCUGACACCGGACAUGAUCAGCCCACCGCUGGGGGACUUUCGGCACACCAUGCACGUGGGGCGCGGCGGGGACGUCUUCGGGGGCACCUCCCUCCUCAGCCACCACGGUGGGGCCGACACAGCCAAAGCCAACAAACUCUUCGCACGUCGCCUCGCCGCCCCGGCCGCCUCGCCCAUCAUCAAGAACGCCGUCUCGCUGCCGCAGCUCAACGAGGGGACGUACGACGGUGGUGGUGGGGGCCGGGGCUUGACCAGCAAGUUCUCCUUCAAAAGUUCCUCCAACAGCUUCUCCAAAACACACCAGGCCUACGGGCUGGAGUCCGGGUUUUGCACCAUCCCUCGCGUCCCUCGCUCGGAAAAGGCCCAGGAGAGCACCUACCCCGGGGAAGCAGAGCUGAAGCGCUCCGACUCCCUGCUCUCCUUCCGCCUUGACCUGGGGCCCUCCCUGAUGAGCGAGCUUCUCCAGGUGAUGAGCUUCUCCGAAACCAACGGGAGCGAGGUGGGGGAGGAUGGCCCAGACCUCCCAUGUGGUGAAGGGACCAGGGACAGGGUCCCUCUGACAUCGGGUGCAUCCCAUGGAGAGGACAAGGAAACGGCCAGCUUCUGGGACCGCUCCAGGCAGAGCAGGCUGUCAGGGGCCAGCUCGCUGCCGGGACUGUCUGUCCAUGCCAAUGGAGAGGCACACGCCAUCGAGGGCGCUGGAGAGGACCCUGCCUGGGCUUUGGGGCCGGGGGCAGCGCCCAGAGGGACCCCGUGGCAGGGGCACUGGAACGACUGCACCAUCGAGGCGGGAGAGUUUGACCGGGCGGCCCAGGUCCUGGCCCGUCAUUACGGUGGGACCAGCACCCCGCGGAGCUCAGAGAAGGGUGAGGGUCCCCGGCAGGCCCGGACGCAGACCCAGUGGGAGAGCCCCAGCAGCAGCCUGUGGCGGUCGCAAGUGACAGGGGAGAGCCGGUCCCCCGAGGCCACCUGGAACCAAGAAGAGGAGGAGGAGGAGGAGGAGGAAGAGGAGGCGGCCGAGCUCUCCAGCCUGCACGGGGGGUACACUGGUGCCCGGGUGGUGCGCAGCAAUUCCUUCGAGUACAGUGAUGAGGAGGAAGAUGAUGAAGUCAAGGUGUGA